AGGAAAGCCACGUAAGAUGGCGGAUCGAAAACGUAAACGAAAAGGAGAAGAAGAGGCAGUUGUUCCUACUAAAGAAGAAUAUGCUGUGGCAAAAUUUCUACGUUUUAAUGUACCUGUACGGGAAGGAAAACUGGUUGGUAUGCCAGUCAAAUGUUUUAUUGCAUCCAAAGCUGUUGAUGCCUUGUUAGAAUCAAAAUGGUCUGCUAGUAAGGCAAAGAAAGAUCCUCUGUUUACAACCAGAAAGUCAUGUGAAGGCUAUUGUCAUAAUUUAUUAUUAAAAGGGUUGUUCCAUCGAGCAGAGAAAGUAGAGAGAAAAAAAGAUCGAGAUAAGUCUAAGAAGAAAAAGAAAGACAUUGAAGAAGAAAGUGUUGAUGAAUCUAAGAAAUCAAAGAAAGGAAAGAAAGAUACUGAUACAGAGAAAGAUAAGAUAGAGGAAGUAGACAAAAAAGAUGAUGACAAGAAAGAAGAAAAAAAGGAAGAGAAAAAGGAUGAAGAGAAAAAGAAGAAAGAAAAGAAAGUGAAAUUAAACAUGCAUGAUGAUCAGAAGUUUGUAGAUGCAGACGACCAGUUUUAUGUGUGGAUUUAUGAUCCAGUUCCUUUUAAAACAUUUCUCAUUGGUUUAUUAAUGGUGUUUGGGGCUAUAGCUCUUUGUAUGUUUCCACUGUGGCCAGAGUUUGUAAGAGUGGGUGUGUAUUAUAUUAGUUUAGCUGCUGCUGGUUUUGUUGGGUUAAUUCUUGGUUUAGCUGUUGUUCGUCUUAUUUUAUUCUGUAUAAUUUGGUGUGUUACAUUCGGAAAACAUCAUUUCUGGUUUUUACCCAAUUUAACAGAGGAUGUGGGAAUUAUAGAAUCAUUUCAACCUUUAUAUAAACACGAUGUUGUUGUAAAAGAUAAAAAAGACGACACGAAAUCAAGGACUAAAAAAGAUAAAACAUCAAAAUCCUCGAAUAACGAGGAUCAGACGGCCGAGGAAGGAAGUGACAAGAGUGAGCAAGAUGAGUUCGAAAUUGUAGAAAAAACAGAUCUCGAUGAUGAAAUGCAACUGGAUGAAACUGAUGAACCAAUCGGAGAGGAUGAAUUAACAGAUGAACAGAUUGAUGAAACGGAUGAACAAAAUGAUUCGGAACAGGUUGAAGAAGAUUCAGAGACCAAGAAAGAUAAAUAUAAUUGAAUGGGUUGGGAAUAAAAACAGUUAUGAUAUUUUAAUCUUUUUGUCUAUUAGACAAUUUUUUUUUCUUAUGGGACGAAAAGGAAUUAUUUUUUCAAUUGGAUGGGACAACUUAACAACAAAAUUAUUUUUCAUUUUUAACAAUCAGGUCAUACAGGCUGGAGCCAAUAAAUACCAAUAGUUGUCAAUGUUCAUUAUUCUAGUCAAACAUUAACAGGAAUUAGACUUCAUCAAAGAUUCUUUCUAAGGGCCGGGAUAUAUGUGACAGGCAAGGUGAUUGUCCCUGUUUGUCGGAUAUCUCAGGUCUGAAGUCAAUUUCUAUGGAUUUACCAGGCAAUUAUAAGGAAAGCGGACUAGACCUGGAAGCUGGGCAUUCAGCACCAGCCUGGUAUUCAUAUAAGCCACAUCACACGUGUGCAGUAUACUUUAUUACCCAACGUGGCAAACUUAACAAUACUUCCUCGGUCCAUAUGAAAAGACAAAUAUUUCAACCGAAGUAACCAAGCCUGUCCUGUCUUGCCCGUUAAUUACAACCAGGCCCUAAAGCUAUAUCAUCUUUGCAGCCCUGCAAAUGGUGUUCCUCUCAUAAAUGCAUUAAUGUUGCGAUAUCAAAUAAUUGUGGUCUAUAACAAAUCUACACAGUAGGACUCUGUAAUGCCAUACUGUGAUCAAGAUUGUUCUAUAGACCAAUCAAUUUAGAUAUCCUUUGUUGUCCUAAUAGUUAUGUAAACAAAAGUCAAAAAUUCAGCAAAAACCAAAUUGAAAUGAAAUUAUGUUAAAAAUCUUAACUGUUGUCAUCUUGUCAAAAAUUAAAUUUAUUGUUUCAAAUAGUU